GCACCAACCACCAAUCCCUCCUGGGCGAGGGAUGCCCAGACUACUGCGAGGAACAAGAAAAAGUAAGGGUUGAACCCCUGCUGCGCCAGGGCCGAUGUCCCUGAAGAAAUGAGUGCUGGCUUGGCUCCAAGUAAGAGCACAAUGUGUGUGUCAAACUUGUCUAUCUCCCUGACAAACAACAACUUAUACCGGAGAUUUUCCAAGUAUGCCAAAGCUAUAAAGGUUACUGUAAUGAAAGACAAAGAUAUGAGGAAGGGUAAAGGGGUUGCAUUUAUAUUAUUUUUAGAUAAAGACUCUGCACAAAACUCCACCAGAGCCAUAAACAACAAACAGUUGUUUGGUAGAGUGAUAAAAGCAAGCAUUGGUAUUGACAAUGGGAGAACAGCUGAAUUCAUGCAAAGGCGAAAUUGCUUUGAUGAAUUGAAGUAUUAUGAAUGUGGGGAAAGUGGACACUUAAGUUAUGCCUGUCCGAAAAACAUGCUGAGAGAACGUAAGCCUCCAAAAAAGAAAGAAAAGAAGAAGAAAAAGAAAAUUGCUUACCCUAAAAAAAUUGAGGACACAGCAGAAAGUGAAAACGAAGGGGAAGACCCGGCUCUCAACAGUCUCAGCCAAGCCAUCGCGUCCCAACAAGCCAAGACUGAGGAACAGAAAAAAUGGAAACUCAGUGCAGGAGGCCCCUCAACAUCAGAGGAUUUAUGGCGCCUGAGAAUAAAGAAGAGCACUUACUUCAGUGAUGAGGAAGAAUUUAGUGAUUAGAAUUUCAUAAUGUAAAUGUCAGGAAAAUAAAAAUCAUCUGCAGUACAAAUUAUUUGCAUAUAAGAACACUUAGGACCAAAUAGUAACUUUUUACCAUAAAACAGUGCUUAGAAGAUGAAAAAUAAUUUUUUAAAUUAUCAUGU